UCUGGUGCCUGAGGAUGAAGGAAACAGACUGUGACUGACUAUGUGGACCAUCUGGAUGAUCAUCUUCUGGAAUUCAACUGUCCUGAUCGGAGCUGUCCCACCUGUCUGUGACCUCCUGAGCAUCCUGAAAAAAGAGGAGGAAAAUUGUGCUGAGACUCUCUCCCUGGAGGCAAAGAACAGAACUCCUGAAAAUGAUCUGUUCUUCAGCUCGGGCACAUGCACUGGAAUGUGGGAUAACAUGAGCUGCUGGCCUUCGUCUGCUGUAGGACAGACUGUCAAUGCUCGCUGCUCUGAAUUCUUUCAGAUGCUGACUGGGAAAAUAGGUUUUGUCUACCGAAACUGUACAAGCAAGGGUUGGUCAGACCCAUAUCCAAGACCCGAUAUCGCCUGUGGCUACAAUAUCAAUGAUACAACCAACGAGGCAAGACGUUCCUAUUUCAUGACUCUGAAGACCAUGUACACUAUUGGAUACUGCACCUCCCUCGUGACGCUGACGAUAGCCUUAGCAGUCCUAGGCUCUUUUAGAAGACUUCGCUGUACAAGAAACUACAUUCACAUGCAUCUCUUCACUUCGUUCAUUUUGCGAGCCUCAUCCAACUUCAUCAAGGACGCUGUUUUGUUUUCCUCUGAAGACACGAAUUACUGUGGGGCAUAUACGGCUGGGUGUAAGCUCACCAUGGUCUUCUUUCAGUAUUGCAUCCUGUCUAACUACAGUUGGCUCCUCGUAGAGGGACUGUACCUCCACACUCUCCUGGUUAUUUCUUUCUUCUCGGAAAGGAAGUUCCUGUUGUGGUUCAUCGCCCUCGGAUGGGGUGCUCCCACUGUGUUUGUGGCUGCAUGGGCGACUGCUAGGCAACUCCAUGAAAAUAUUGGGUGUUGGGACAUUAAUACUGAUGCCAAUACCUGGUGGAUCAUUAGAGGCCCUGUAGUUUUGUCUAUUUUUAUUAAUUUCAUUCUUUUUGUCAACAUUUUAAGAAUCUUGAUGAGGAAGCUUAGCUCGCCUGAAGGACGGAGCAGUGAUUUCAAUCAAUACAAGAGACUUGCAAAGUCAACGCUUCUCCUCAUCCCUCUCUUUGGGGUCCAUUACAUCAUCUUCGCUUUUUUCCCUGAAGAUGCCAGCAGCGGCACAAUGGAAAUUCAGCUGUUUUUCGAAUUGGCUCUUGGAUCAUUCCAGGGAUUUGUCGUGGCUGUACUUUAUUGUUUUCUUAAUGGCGAGGUUCAGCUGGAAGUUCAGAGAAAAUGGAGGCAGUGGCAUUUAAACAAACACUUUCGUCAGCAUCUCAGCACCUCAGCAAGUAAUGGAGGAAGUGGCUUAACUCAAGAGAUGCAGAUGGUGAGGUCAAGCCCAUCAGAGCACAGGAGAGGAACCCUCCAAAGAUCAAGCGUGCUUUAAUGCUGUAUGCCUGGAGGAUACCUCCAUGCUCAGAUGCCCAUGGCUAAGUCCCAUGGUCCGUGCUGGGAGUCUUGUGUAUAUAUCUGAAAGUGAGACUUGGCUGUAGAUCAAUGGUUCUUGAAGCACAUCUGUUCAUCUAUAUCCUGUGUAGCACCAGAGUUAUUUUGCAAGGCAAAAUGGGCCAAAAGAUUAUGCUCUUCCUCGCAUUUCUGGCCACCACCAUUUGUCUUUCUUUCCACACCAGUAUUUUUCAGCUGCUGUUUCUACCUUUAAUGUGACUUUUUGUUUUCCAAAUGGCUCUCCAACAUGUUCCUGUCUAAACCAGGCUGCUGAGGAGGGUUUAGAUGUUAGAUUUAGAUGUUCUCUAUUUCUUCUGCUGUUGAAGCUGGGAGGACAUUCAGAUUUGUAUGAUGAAGGUUCUGUGCCAUCCUUUAACACAACUCAUAGAUUUGAAAUACAAAAUUAAUUCUUCCUUAAAAUUUACCAAGAUUCAAAAUCUUUCUGUUGUGGUGAUGGAUGAUGGACACUAAGAAUAUAAAGCAUGGCUGAGCAAAUGCUUCCUAUCCAGCUGCGUAUCCAUUGCUCAGGUAUGCUCCAGUGAUGGUGGCAGGUUCAGAGUUUUCUUCCUUUGCCUCUUCCAACAGUGGACAUCUCAGAAAUAACAUUGGUCCAAUUUGGAGUUUUGUAUGGUUUUUUUAAAUGGUAAUAAAAACCAUUAAAGAGUAUCCCAAGGGUGGCCAAGAAAACUCUAGUGUCUGUACUUCUGAGACUUUGCUACUAGCCUUUGAAGGGAAGCAAUGAAAACCCUUGGGACAUUUAAAUCUCAAUUGAAGUGGAUAGUACAAGGUAUCUUGUGAAAAACACCACCAUUGUGGCUAGCAAAA